AUGGGAGAAGAAGAGGUGCUUCAAUCCGAAUCCAAUGUAGCCAGCACCAACGAAGAGUACACUUUCCCCACGCUACGCUUCGAUGUCUCUCCUCACAGAACCUACCAUUUCCACCGUCAGUUCAUCACUCCCUCCAACCCUAACAAUUUCCACAAGGCCGUUAAAUGGUCACCCGACGGUUCCUGCUUCCUCACCUCUUCCGACGACAACACUCUCCGCAUCUUCGCGCCACCGGGAACUGAAAGCGACUCUCCCGUUGCUGCUUCCAACGACGAUUCCUUUACUGCAAACGUAGUCAUGCAUGAAGGAGAGUCUAUACACGAUUUCUGUUGGUAUCCUUACAUGACUUCCUCUGAUCUUGUGACCAAUGUUUUUGCGACUACUACACGCGACCAUCCAAUUCAUUUAUGGGAUGCCACCUCUGGCCAGUUACGUUGCACAUAUCGCGCAUAUGAUGCAAUGGAUGAAAUUACAGCUGCUUUUUCAAUUGCUUUUAAUCCUGCAGGGACUAAGAUAUUUGCUGGAUACAACAAAUGUAUCAGGAUGUUUGAUUUACACCGCCCUGGUAGAGAUUUUGAAUUGUAUUCCACAGUGAAAGAUAAAAAAGAAGGCCAAACAGGUAUUAUAUCUGCAAUGGCUUUUUCUCCAUUUCAUUCUGGGAUGCUAGCUUUGGGUUCUUACAAUCAAACUGCUGCUAUUUAUAGGGAGGACAACAUGGAACUCUUGUACCUUUUGCACGGUCAUGAAGGUGGAAUUACACAUGUCCAGUUUUCGAAAGAUGGAAAUUAUUUGUAUACUGGAGGUCGGAAGGACCCGUAUAUACUCUGCUGGGAUGUGCGCAAGUCUGUGGAUUGUGUUUACAAGUUAUACAGAUCAUCAGAAAAUACCAAUCAGCGGAUACUGUUUGAUAUUGACCCUUCUGGACAGCAUCUUGGUACAGGUGGCCAGGAUGGUUUCGUACACAUAUAUAAUCUUCAAACUGGGCAGUGGGUUUCAUGCUUCGAGGCUGCUUUAGACACAGUUAAUGGUUUCUCAUUUCAUCCAUUUCUACCCCAUGCCGUCUCAUCCUCAGGCCACCGAAGAUUUGUGAUUCCAGAUGAUGGCAAUGAAGAAUUGUGCUUGAGUGGUCGUGAAAAUUGCGUCUCAGUAUGGACAUUCUGUUGUGAUUCAAUGGAGAUUGACUUGAAGAGCAAUGGCAGUUUCAACCAUCAGUCUGAAAGUAGUUACAUGGACUGA